AAUUAAUGCGGCGAGUCGGUGUGGCACGAGCACGGACGCUUCUGAGUCAGAUUCAUCUCCAGCUUCAUCAUGAAUUACCUGCGCAGGCGUCUGUCAGACAGUAGCUUUGUAGCCAAUCUGCCCAAUGGCUACAUGAUGGACAUGCAGAGAUCGUCCAGUUCCACCAGCUCGCCGGCCUCACCAGCCACAGAGCGCCGGCAGUCGCCCGCCCAACAGAACCAACCAGCUCAACCGCCCCAGCAGAACCAGCAGGCCCCGCCCCCGACCGCGGCGUCUGCAGGAGGGUUCCUCAGCUCGUUCUCCAGCGUGGUGAAAACGGCUCAGCUCGCCAGCGCAGUUCAUGCUAAAGCGUCUGCGGCGGCUGCUGCAUCAGCCGCUCCGGCUAAACCCGCCGUACACAAACCCAAAGUCCUGCUGGUCAUUGACGAUCCUCAUACAGACUGGUCCAAGUACUUCAGAGGAAGGAAGCUGAAUGGAGAAUAUGAGAUCCGGGUGGAGCAGGCAGAGUUUUCUGAGAUCAAUCUUGCAUCAUAUGUGAAUUCUGGCUGUACGGUGGACAUGCUGGUGAAUAGAGGAGGAACUAAAGUCGUCAGAUCAUUCAAGCCAGAUUUUGUCCUGAUUCGGCAGCACGCCUACAGCAUGACCCCGGGAGAGGACUUCAGGAAUCUUGUGAUCGGUCUGCAUUAUGGCGCCGUUCCCAGCGUUAACUCGCUCUUCUCCAUUUACAACUUCUGCAGCAAACCCUGGGUGUUCUCUCACAUGAUCAAACUCUACGAGACGCUCGGUCCGGAGAAAUUCCCCCUCAACGAGCAAACGUUCUUCCCAAACCACACACAGAUGAUGCCCACGGCAACAUUCCCAGUGGUGGUGAAGAUGGGACAUGCCCAUGCCGGCAUGGGAAAGAUAAAGGUGGAGAGCGCUAAUGAUUUUCAGGACAUCACCAGUGUGGUCGCGAUAGCUAAAACAUACGCCACGGCCGAACCCUUCGUGGACUCCAAGUACGACAUCCGGAUCCAGAAAAUUGGCAAUAACUACAAAGCAUACAUGAGAACAUCCAUCUCAGGAAACUGGAAGGCAAAUACAGGAUCUGCAAUGCUGGAACAGAUCGCCAUGACCGACAGGUAUCGUGUGUGGGUCGACUCGUGCUCGGAGAUGUUUGGAGGUCUGGAUAUCUGCGCUGUUAAAGCCGUCCAUGGCAAAGAUGGCAAAGACUACAUUAUAGAGGUGAUGGACAGCUCGAUACCUCUGAUUGGGGAACACGUGGAGGAGGACCGACAGCUCAUCUGUGAUCUGGUCAUCAGUAAAAUGGCGUUUGCUCUGCUGGGGGUCACGAUACCACAGACGGCAACCAGCAAGACUCCGUCCGGACCGCAGACGACACAACCCAAACGAGCCGCAGGUGGUCCUCGUUCUGCUUCUGGUUCUCCGUCUCAGUCGGGUCAGGCAUCACCGCAGCGGGCACGAUCUGCCAGUACCUCACCCAGUCAGGCCUUCCAGCCCGGUCCAAUCCCGUCAUCCGGAUCCGCCUCACAGAAACAAGCCCCACAGCUCAAUAAGUCGCAGUCGCUGACGAACACAUUCAGCGAGACGAUGCGCGGCAACACCACGGACGACGAGGCCAAAGCUGAAACCAUCCGCAGCCUGCGCCAGUCCUUCGCCAGCCUCUUCUCUGACUAACACACACACUAUCACACACACACUAUCACACACACACUAUCACACACGCACUAUCACACACACACACAGGUGUCGGUGUGAUGGUCACACAUGUUCAGACAGCAGCAGAAUACGCUUGUCAGUCCUGUUUGUGAGUGUAUGUACAAUGUAAUUUCGGGAUGAAUUCUGACUGUUAAAAAUGCGAGAGCCGCUCUCCCUGAACACACACACUUAUCUCGCUCAUCUGUGUGUGUGUGUGUGUGUGUGUGUGUGUGUGUUGUGUUUUUCCAUGUGGCGUGUGUAGGGUUGCCACCCAUCCACUAUUCCCAGGAUCGUCCUGGUUUUUGGCCGUGUGUCCUGUAAAAAUGUAAUUCCAUUCCAUGAUGCAAAAAGUCCCAGAAUUUUAGCAUUUUCCCCACAUAUGCAUCCUUGUUUAUAAACACACUAUGCAAGGAAACAUGAAGUCUGAGAUAAAGUGAGAUUCCUCUCUUUUGUGUGAACAAUCCUUUAAACUUUAGUCUAUAUACAGUCGUGGCCAAAAAUAUUGGCACCCUUGGUAAAUAUGAGAACACAACGCUGUGAAUAAUAUAUCCUUAUUGUUGAUCCUUUUAAUCUUUCAUUCAUAAUAUUCACACAAAUAUUCACGGAGAUGCACGCUGGUGGACUCUUCAGUUCACCCCACAGGUGUUCUAUGGGGUUCAGGAGACUGGGGUGGCCAUAGCAGAACCUGCAGGAAGAUCCAACCAGGGCCCAUUGUGAGCUUUCUGGCAGAGGCAGUCAGGUUUUGGUUUAGUAUCGGUUGGUAUAUGAUAGAGUCCAUGAUGCCAUGUAUCCGAACAAGAUGUCCAGGACCACUAGCAUAAAAACGCCAAGAUCCAACACCACAUUUAACGGUCUCUUCAUCUCCGUGUGUGCCAAACCCAUCUCUGGUGUUUCAUCUGACCACAGAACCCGGUCGCAUUGAAGUCCCAGUCGUGUCUGGCAAACUGAAGACGCUCGAGUUUGUUGUUGGAUGAGAGCAGAGGCUUUUUCUUCAAACCCUCCCAAACAACUUCUGGUGAUGUAGGUGACGUGUGAUUGUAGUUUUGGAGACUUUCUGAGCCCCAAGACCUCCAGCUGUGAUCCUCUUUGGCCACUUGAACAUCCUGAACAUCCUCCUCAUGUGUGUGGAGACGAUAUCGACACGUGUCCUCUUUCAUAACGACUUUGAACAUCUCAUUGAUGAGAACUUCUUAAGUAUUGGCCUGAUGGUGGAAAUGGGCAUUUUCAGUGCUUUGGCUAUUUUAUUAUAGCCACUUCCCAUUUUGUGAAGCUCAACAACCUUCUGCCGCACAUCAGAACUAUAUUCUAUAAUGUAACCCUGUGUGAUGGAUGAUUAAAGCUAUGUACACACUGCCAUUCAUUUUCAAUGAGAGCACAGCGACUUCCGGCGACACAAGCUGUCGCGACCGUUGGCGACUAGAUGUGGGCGUGUCCAGCGACGCGACAAAGUUGAGACAAGUUCAACUUUAUUCAAAUGAAGAGCGACUAACAGAAGCAACAGCCAAUAGGAGAGAAGACGGGAGAGCUCACAUGAUCCUUCUCUCUCUCUCAGCUCCUGCAGUAACGGAAAGAUGGAUGAAAGGCUAAUUCUUGCUGUUAGCAAUUGCCUAGUGCUCUAUGAUAUGGAUAUGGUAUAUCCAGUCGCAGCUCUUGCACCAGCCGUUGGUACUCGCCGUGCUGACUCCGAGAUUGAAUGGUUUUGUGGACCCAGACAGACCGGCGUUUGCAUUUUCGCGGCAGAUAAACAGCCGCUAUGGCAAACAGCACGCCUUGUUUCUCGCUCAUCUUUGCUAUAAAGCAUUUUAUGUACUGAUUCCAUUUAUAUUGAGUCUUUUCCCUCCAAAAUGUUUGUUUUUAGUGGCAAGAAAAGAGAUUCGCUGUCAACAGCAAUGGAAUGACAUCCGUGAAUGUCAUUUAUAAACGUUACUAGGCAACCAGUAGUGGGAACGCCCACUAGCGACUUCACCGCCAGCCACUGGCGACCUGCAGCGACAAAGUCUCUGGCAGUGUGAACGCAGCUUUAUGAGAUUUGGCCUGCGUGUUACCUCAUAAUUAUUCCCCUGUGAAACAGGAAGUCAUGGCUGAACAAUCUCAUGUUCCUAAUCACCCAGAUGUACCAAAACAUUUAAAACAUGAAUGGAAAUAUACUUCAGAUAUAUUAAUAAUUGAGAGAAAAAUAUUAAUUUAAUAAUGAGAUAUUUCCCCACUUUGAAUUGAUUAACUUCAAUUUGUGUGAAUAUUAUGAAUGAAAGAUUAAAAACAUUGUUCACAGCCUUCUUUGCUCAUUUUACCAAGGGUGCCAAUACUUUUGGCCAUCACUGUAAUGCUUUAAUGUUCAGUAAAACUGUAAGAUCUCUUAUAGGAUCAUGAUGCCCAACAUUUCCAAGUAUUAUAAAAGGGGACAAAAAGGCUAUUUUUAAGGUUUACACAUUUCAUUUCAUACAAACAAUCCAUCAAUGUGAAUUUUGCGAUAUUUUAAACUAAUUAAAUUAGUAAAACGUUUUUUUUUUUAUUAUUUUUUUUUACUUAAUUUUGUUAAAGAUUACUCAUUUAAAUUUGAGGGAAUGUUGAUGUUGAAGUGCAUGAAUGUUUUUAUACUUUAUAUAUUAUUUUAUACACAAUACGUUCAUAUUUAUACAUUUUAAAUCAGUUUAAUAUUUCCGUCUGAACCUUAUAUAAGAAGAAAACUGAAUAAGUCAUUAAUAUGUUAAACCUGUACACAAAUAUAUAUCAUAACAACAUCACAUCCAAUUCAAUUGAGACAUCUUAAAAGUCCAAAUUAAAUAAAUAUACGUAUAUAUAUAUAUAUAAAUAAAUGAUUUAGUGCAAUUGCAGAAUUAUUUUGUGUAUUUUGUUCUGCGUGUGUUAAAAAUAGGCUACAAUAUUUUGCAUGAAUGUUAAUGUUUGAGUAAUCGCCAUAUCAGACCUGAAGUAAACGAUCAUAAAUCAUCUUUUAUUUCACACAUGACUUUGGAAAUUCAUCCAGGAAUUGUCCAGGUUGGCAACUAGCUGUGCCCGUGUGGCAUCAUUGUGCCAGCGUUUGGGGUCGAGGGUCACUCAAUGCUGUUAAACUAGUUACUCAGAGUGUCGCAUGUGUCUGCUGCUUUUAUUCAUAUUCAAUCUUUCGUUCACGUUUGGAUUGUUGAAAUGGACCAAAUCCUGUCCUGUGCCGUUUAAUCCGCUCGCUCAGAAUAUAAAGCCAUAAAUAUAAAUGUUGUAAAUCAGAGGAAUCCUGUACAGCUUUACGUGGACUGCCGUUGUUGGCGUGUGUACGUGAUGUUUUACUUGUGAUGCUGUAAAUAAUGUCUGAUUUAUCAAACACAUACACGUCAUCGUGAUGCUUAAACUUCAGUUAUUUAUUGAGGAAUUAUUUACAGUAAUCCCAGCUAAUAAACAGCAUUUAUGUACUGUUGAUGUAGAACAUUUGCAUGAUUUUUAAAGAUAUUUACAUUCGAGGAACUGCUAAGAAUCAUCCAAGUUAAAGUGUCACACCUGGAAAUAAACAUACAUAAAUAUGCAAAUUACUGUAUUUAUGACAGCAGAUGAUCACAUGAUGAACCUGCAUCAUCUCUGUGCACAAAUAAAAACAUUAAAAUUGAAAUUAAUUUGAAAUAAUUGGAGUAAAUUUGUUUAAAGUUGCUGUUAAUCAGGGGUACACACACUUUUUUGUGUGAUGAUCUACUUUUAAAUGAGCAACUCAAUAAGAUCUACCAACUAAAAACACACAGUUUCAUUUAAAAUAAGAAAAUGCUUGUUGGGACUACUGCAUGUAUCCCUACAUGGAAUUCAUCUUAUAAUUAAUAAACAAAUAUAUAAUAAUGUUCAAUGUUGAUAUCAUUCAGUUUUAACACUAAACCCAAAACACCUACAGCACAAUAGAUUACAAUAGUCAGGGCAUUGACCAGUAAAUAUUGACCAGGCCAUGUUUUGUUUAUUCAGUUGCCAUGACAACUAGGUUUGCGAAUACGGGCAAGGCGCAUAUGCGCAAACCUAGUUGUCAUGGCAACUGAAUAAACAAAACCUCGCCUGGUCAAUAUUUACUCGUCAAGUGCAAGUCAGACAGAAACUAAAAGAAGGAAAGACAUUAUAUUUAUUUGUAUUAAAAUUUAACGAAAGUACAUUUACAUUUGUGCGAUCUACCAGCAUUGCCUUUGCGAUCGACUGGUAGAUCGCGAUCGAGGUAUUGGGCACCCCUGCUGUAAGUAAUUUACUCAUGGAAAGGUAUACAAAAUAAAAGUCCUUCUCCCUGAAAGCUAUGACUGAAAUAAGUGUGGUGAGAUAUCUAUCCGGUCUCUGUGACAUCACUAGACUCUGUAAACAACAAACAAAAAUGUGUCUGCGGUCUCUGACGCUUUCGACCUGUCAAUCAUGUCGCUCGUUCUCAUAGUAUUGUAGCUGUAUUGAAUUAUUGAGGCUUAAUGCCAUUUUUAUGCCAUGUUGUUCAUAACAGUUGCCAGUAGAGGGCGCUGUUGUGCUGCUGUUGUUAUUGAUAACCAUUUUUGCACGAUGUCGGUCUCAAUAAAGCUCGUUUGGUAUUUUAGGAGGGCGGAGUUUUAGAAACAGGGGGCGUGGCUAAUCCAACGGCUCAGUUUCGUCGAAGUAGAACAGCUGAAAUCACUUACAGCACAACAAGUGAAUCAAAGCCAGCUAAUACUGAUAAUAAAGCCAUGUCAUAUCCUGAAUGAUGAUAUAUAUAACACAGAUGUUCUCUGGAAUAAUGCAGUGAGGUGUUUUAAUGCAGUAAAUGUGCAUGAAUCUUCAGUCGUGUUUGUCUAAAAACAGAUCGUGUGUAUCUCACGGCUUCAUCACAGAUGUGUGUCUAAAUGUACACAAGCUUUUACUUCCAGUUUCUAUUGGCAGUUUGUUUAUAUUUUUGUCCUCUGAUUAUUGGAAAUGUGAUUAAAACUGAACGUGUUUAAUAUAAACCGGUUUAUUGGUGGUCUGUGAAAUCUGGUUUUCGUUUUCUUAGCAUGCUAAAUGUAGUUUCUGUAAACAAUGCAUUACAUUUUACCAGCAUAUUUAACACACAAAAGAAGAUAAAACUAUUUACAAAUAUAUUUAUUUUAAGCUGAGCUCGUGACUGAAACAUUAUUAUUACAAUGUGCUGAUGUUCUAUUACCAUAAGAUUGAAGCAGUUCUCCUCACAUCCGCUGGAGGGCAGCACGUGACCGCUGCAGUAAAUAAAGCGAUACAUCACAAUAACACUGAAUGUGUUCACCUUUCUGCUUCAAUGUUUUAUGCAGGUUAGAAACACUCUGACAUACUGAUCACAAGUAAAUGAGGGAGAUCACAGUUCAGUCAAGACGUUUUAAAAGUUUGUAGGAAUACUUUAUUCAGAUCAUAACAACAGUUGGAGAUUAACACUAUCCUCAAAUUGCAAAAACAUUCAUUUAGUUUCUCUCUCACACACACACACACACACACUCACAUACACUCACACAUACACACAAAAACACAGUCAACUUGAAUAUUUAUUAUAUGUAUGUUCCUUCCUUUUCAUGUUGUUGGAUGUUGGUAAUAUUAGUUCCGCUUUCACUUGUUUCCGCGGGGACUGUAAUAAGUGCGACACGAUCUCUCGUGAGGUAAACAAAUGACGGGAGACUGAAGAGAUGUUUCUGUUAAUGCUGUUUGCUCAGCAAUCAUUUAAUAAAGAUGUCUGAAUUAUACUCCAUCUUGUAAUCUGCAUUAUUAUUAUGAUACCGGUGCCUUGCGGAGACUGAGAUACUGCUACCGCAGAUAAUAAUAAAAACCGCUUCACGCAGGACGCGCCAGUUUAGUGUAAAUAAAGCGUUUAGCGCAUGUAAACAAACUGAACUCUGAGCACUUCUGUUACUGUAAGCAUGAGCGGGAGUUGUGGAGAACAGAACCGAUCUGAAAACACUGUAAUAAUGCGCUAAUUUAAUAUAGACUGCAGCGCAAAUACACUUGGAAGAGUGCAGAAUAUUUCAUUAAAUCGCAGCCCUUCCAGUUUAAUAAUCGCACACGGUCAUAUCGCGGUUUCGAUUUAUUUCGAUUAAUUGUGCAGCCCUAGUACACAUAAAAACAUACACACACACACACACACACACACUGUUUGUUAAAGAAGUGUGUUCAUUAGUUAUUAUAUUGGUGUGUGUUAGGAGAGUUGUGGAUUUCACAGUUCACAAAAGUUCUGAAACACUGAUGAAUAACCCAAAUAAACAACAAGAACUAAAAUCACAUUUGUCUCACUUUAUAUUGCUUUAAGAUCAUGAGCACGUCAUUAAGUGUAUGUGUGAGUGUGUGUGUAUGUAUGUGUGUGUAUAUGUGUGUGUAUGUGUGAGUGAGUGUGUGUGUGUGUGUGUAUAUGUGUGUGUAUAUGUGUGUGUAUGUGUGAGUGAGUGUGUGUGUGUGUG